AUGGUAUCCCAACAAACAAUCAAUAAGGUCAAAGAAAUGAUCAAGGAAAAAGAAGUCUUUGUUGCUUCAAAAUCUUACUGUCCAUAUUGUAAGAAGGCUAAGAGUACCCUAUUUAAGGAACUUAACGUCCCUGAAGACAAAGCUUUGGUACUAGAAUUAGAUGAAAUGACCGAUGGUAAAGAUAUUCAAGACGCUUUAUAUGAAAUCACUGGUCAAUCUACUGUUCCAAAUAUUUUCAUUGAAGGUGCUCAAGUUGGUGGUAAUGACGAUUUACAAACAUUGAAGAGAAGUGGUAAACUAGAUCAAAUGUUGCAAAAAGUUAUGAAUUAA